AUCUCGCGGCUUGGGGCGAGUUCGCUGCUGCCAGCGGAAGGGUUAGCAUCGCCCUGCGUGCUCUCUCUUUUUUAUCUCGAGUUGCACGCGGUGGACUGACUUCCGCCUCCCCCACGAACCAAACUGGUGCCUCUGCUGCCUGGAGGUGGUGUCCUGCGCGCGCCUCUCGUAGUGUCUUUCCAGCCAACCCCACGCCCUGCACCUCCCUCUGAAGGGACGCACCAGCGGCGGGAGCCUCAAGAAAACUUCAGUCCUUCGUAAAAUGGAGGGAGCGGUUAUCCUUUAGUUAGCUGCGGGGGGCGGUAUGGCGUCCGGACUGCGAGCUGUGGUGGGCGUGGGCGCAGUGGGCGGUCUACUAGUGGUGCUGCUGUGGUCAGAACAACAAGCUAGUACCAGGAUGCCCGCCCAAGCCCGCGGCCGAGGAGACAUCGGGGACGAGGACGCGGGAUUCAGAGAACAACAACAACAACAGCAACAACAACAACAACUGCACCGCCGCCAUUUUGGGAACGCUAUAGCAUCACUAAGAUCAUCUGCUGUUCACGUAGCUGCACCGCCGCCGCCACCACCACCUCCACAACCAUCUGUUCUUAGUGAUACUGAUGCUGUCCACCCGGAGUCCCGCAUGGUGUCCGAGGGUCUUCCUCGCUCCUCCUCUCGCACCAUCAUAUAUGUGAUCACACCAACCUACCGCCGACCCGAGCAGGUGGCAGAGUUAACACGACUGUCGCAGACACUGAUGCUGGUGCCGGACCUUCACUGGCUGGUGGUGGAAGAUGCCGUGUCGCCAACCAGAAGGGUCCUCUCUUUCCUGGACUCCUGCAGCGUCCCGCACACCUAUCUUCUUGGCACGGCGUCACGACGAUACAAAGGUGCCAACAAGCCUCGUGGUGUGAGCAACAGAAACGCAGGACUGAAGUGGGUGAAGGUACAUGCCAAGGAUGGUGUCAUCUACUUUGCUGACGAUGACAACACCUACGACUACCGUAUCUUUGAUGAGAUCCGCAUGACGAGGCAAGUGUCCAUGUUUCCAGUGGGGCUGGUGACGCGGCUCGGGGUGUCCACACCCAUCGUGUCCAGUGGCAAGCUCGUGGGCUUUUAUGAUGGUUGGAUCGCUGGCCGGAGGUUUCCCGUUGACAUGGCGGGAUUUGCUGUCAAUGUCCAGUUCUACCUCCAGAGGAAGGCGCCGCUGAUGCCGUACAGCGUGGGCUUCGAGGAAGAUGGCUUCCUCAAGGCUCUCAGGAUCAAGCCAGAGGAGAUUGAACCACUCGCCGAGAACUGUACUAAGAUCCUGGUUUGGCACACACGAACCGUCAAGACGCAGCCCGCUGUUAAGAUGCCAGACACUGACAAAGUCACCAAGACCAACCUCCACCACCUCAAAUCUCAAAUAGUCUUCCCUAGCGGGCUCUCCUAGUCGAUUGGUGUUACCCAGAUUGCGAAAACAAGAACCAUUGUCACUUACUUAUUUUUUUACGUGAGAUGUGUCAUCGGUCUGCCUUUACUUCCAACGACACAACGUAUUUUUUAUGGACAGUUUGACUGAUAAAUGGAUUGAUUUUUCUUCCCCCCUUUAUCCUAAUGUCCUCUUCCUUCCUUUGUGGUUGUUGGUUGAAAAUGCACAUCUGACCAUUUAUUGGGUGCUGGUGGAGGACGUGACGUGACUCCUGCAGCUACCACUCCCGACGGCCUACUGGCUCGUCAGUCGUCACUUCACUCUCAUGUCUAUUUUUCUUAUGUAUUCACGUGGCAGCUCUUAUUUAAAUACCCACGAAGAGAGAGAGAGAGAGAGAGAGAGAGAGAGAGAGAGAGAGAGAGAGAGAGUGUGUGUGUAUGUGUGUUUAGGAUCAUGUGCAAGUCUCAUAAUCGCUCCUGGUACACCUCCCGAUCAGUGGGUCAGCUGUGGCCUUUAAUGCGUUACAUCUACCCUAGUUGAGGAGAAAUGUCUGUUCUCCCAUCAGUAAACACCUCCACAUCAGAGCACUGUGUGAGCCUCUGUCUGCCAAGUAAGAGGUGAGGGAGGACCUUAUCAUUUAACUGUGAAUAGACUGGCAGAACUACCGGCCAGUGAGUGUGUGUGUAGUAGUAGUAGUAGUAGUAGUAGUAGUAGUAGUAGUGUGUGUGUGUGUGUGUGUGUGUGUGUGUGUGUGUGUGUGUGUGUGUGUGUGUGUGUGUGUGUGUGUGUGUGUGUGUGUGUGUGUGCGUGUGUGUGUUAGAGGGCAGGUUUAUAUCAAGGGAAUAUUUCUUACUUAUCCUCCGCCUUACACUGUGUAGCGAAACUGUAGGAAUUCAUAUUUAUAAUACACGUGAUGCUAAUAAACGUGAAAAACGUGUUCAC